AUGGUGAAGGAGAUGCUCAGAUGCACAAGGUCAAAGGAUAUGGCUGUGAUAAACAAGAUCCUUAAUUUCAUUCUUCCUAUUGUCACGGUUUCAUUUCUUUUAGUGUUCAUGCCAUUUUCAAUACUCUUCAAGCUUCUUGGCUUUGUAAGAAGAUGCAAAGAGUCGGAAAAAGUCACCGGAAAAGUCGUCAUCAUCACCGGAUCUUCCUCGGGAAUCGGUGAGCACCUCGCGUAUGAGUAUGCGCGUAGAGGAGCAUACUUAACAUUAGUUGCUCGGAGAGAGGAUCGUCUCCGGCUAGUGGCUGACCAGUGCCGGAAGCUUGGAUCACCGGACGUUGCCGUGAUACGUGGUGAUGUCUCAGUCAUUGAAGACUGUAAACAUUUCGUACAAGAAACCAUUUCUCGUUUUGGAAGACUGGAUCACCUAGUUAACAAUGCGGGAAUUGUGGAAGCCAAAAUUUUCGAAGACUACUCUCAAAUUUCGGAUGUUCUUCCCAUUAUGAACACUAACUUUUUGGGACCGGUCUAUGCAACACAUUACGCUAUACCACAUCUCAAGAAAACCAAAGGAAAGAUAGUUGCUGUGGCAUCGCCUGCUGGCUGGUCAGGAGUGCCAAGAAUGAGCAUAUACGCAGCAAGCAAAGCAGCUAUGAUAAACUUCUACCAGACUCUUAGAAUCGAGCUUGGUCCAGAAAUUGGUGUGACAAUUGUGUUUCCUGGUCUAAUCGAAAACGGAAAUACCACCGACCCGGAUAUUUUAGCUGAGAAACAAGAGUGGUCACAAGUUGUAGCCAUCGAGUCAGCAGCGGAAUGUGCCAAAGCGGUUGUUAAUGGAAUCUGCAGGGGCAAAACCUUUGUGGCAGAGCCAUCAUGGAUUCGUGUCCUCUUCUGGCUUAGUGCUCUCUGUCCUGAGCUUUUAACCUCUAAGCCUAUUAAGAACUAA